GGAGACCGGGGUAACGCUGCAAUCCAUGACCCUCUCUUGGCCUACCCAUUGUUCAACGAGGGGCCCCCACUGCUCACAGGCACCUCCCACUUGGUGGUGCCGUACCGUUAUGUGCGAGACACUCAAAGUUAGAAUAACGGUGUUUUACGGGGACCACAAGGAACCACACCGAACAUGUGAGUCUGGCCAGCCUUCGUGGAGUUUUACUUUCGACGUCCAACAUGAGCUUGCAGGUUCCCUGGUGGGUCCCGCUGCUGUGGCUGGCAGGUGUGUGCUCCGGCGUCCAGGUGUUCGUGAGGGACGAGAAGCGCUUCGCCGUGCUCUUCCAGGCGGUGGUCCUGCCGUGCCACUACACCAGCGUGUCCACCCAGACCCCCGUGGUGCAGUGGGUGUACAAGUCCUACUGCCGCGACCGCACACGGGACACCUUCGGCUUCUCCAACAGCCGGGCCGGCGCCGGCGGCUACGACGGGGGAGUGUCGGCGGCGGUGGUGGAUUACCUGGACUGCGCCGACAGCAGCCGCACGGUGCGCACCGUGGCGUCCAUCGCGGGGUCCUCCGUGACGCUGUCGGAGCACUACAAGAACCGCGACAUCUCCAUCAUCAACACGGCCGACCUUCGAAUCGGGGAGGUGCAGUGGGGAGACAGCGGGGUGUACAUCUGCAAGGUGGUCAUCUCAGACGACCUGGAGGGGCAGAGUGAGGCCAAUGUGGAGCUCCUGGUCCUGGGUUUCUCAGGUGAUCCUGAGGACCUGUUACCUGGCUUUGAAAUGAAGAUAAUGCCAGAAUGGGUGUUUGUGGGGGUCGUAGCGCUGGGCAGUGUCCUGGUUCUCCUGCUGCUGGGGGUGUGUUGGUGCCAGUGCUGUCCCCACUCCUGCUGCUGCUACGUCAGCUGCUGGUGCUGCCCAGAUACAUGCUGCUGCCCCAGGCACUUAUACGAGGCCGGUAAGGGCAUCAAGGUGGGCACCCACACCCCCACCCCCACGGUGAUGCCCUACCCCCCCUACUUCAUCUCCGGCCUGCCCACCAUGGUCCCCAUCGCCCCCCCAUCGCUGGUGGACAAAACGUCCCCGGUCCCCCCCUCCGACAGCAGCCUGCUGGCCUCAGCUUCCAGCCUAUCAGAGCUGAGCUCCCUCCACGAGGGGGAGGCGGGGUUCCGGCAGACGUACCGGGACAUCCAGAAGAACGCCCUCCCCGCCAUCCCGGAUCGCGACCCCGCCUUCCAGUCCGGGGACGACCAUCAUCACCAGCGCUGCCGUGGCAACCGCAGCCCAGAGCCGCAGCGGUACCAGAGGAGCCCGCCCGCCUCUCAGCGUUACCGUGACGACCGCGACGACCCCGACGACGGCGGGCCCCUCCCCCCGCGGCGCUUCAGCGACGACCCCCCCUCGUCGUCGCACACGGGGCGGUCCGCGCGUAAACCGCCCGGAGGCAGGGAGCCGGAGCGGUGGAACCCGCGGUCGGAGCUCCUCCAGCGGAAGGCGUUCCGCUCCAUCGGUCCGACCGGCUCGCUGGACGAGCUGGAGCGGGACGCCUACCGUCGGCGGGGGGAGGGGGGUCGGCCCGGCGACGGGCACCGCGGCAACGAGGACGAGGGGGAUGCCGGCGACCGGAUGGAGCUCCGGGAGUUCCGCCGCCAGCUCUCCUCCCCCUGCCGCCGGGACGGCCCGCCGCAGCGUUACCGCGACGACCGCGGCCGCGGGGAGGAGGAGGAGGAGGAGGAGGAGAACGGGCGGCCCAGGCCCAGGCGGGAGAGGAUGAAGUCGGACGGGGGCGAGCCGGCCAGCCCCCUGGCCUCCCCCACCCGGAGGCGCGGCAACAGUUGGGACAGCGAGCGCCACCGCGUGCCCCCGCCGCCGGCCCCCCGCCUCAGCCCCCCCCCCUCCUCCUCCUCCACCCGGGACAGAGACUACGACGGGGACUCCUUCCUGGGCAGCCUGCUGGAGCGCAAGGCCAGGCUGCGGGGGGCGGGGCCGGGGCGGGGCGACCAGGACUCGGACUCGCCCUCCAAGCUCAGCUCCAAGCUGAGCAGCGGCGAAUCCGGACGCUUCCGCAGCCGCUCGCCCAACGGGCGGCGGGAGACGGACUCGGCGCCCCCCUGCUCGGAGAGAGAGAGGGGCGGGGGCGAGAGAGGCGGGGGGGAGAGGGGAGGGGGCGAGAGAGGAGGGGGAGAGAGAGGAGUCGGUGAGAGAGGGUGGGGGGAGAGAGGAGGUGGAGAGAGGUCCUCGCCGCGACCGGCGUCCAGCCAGACUUCUAAAUCCUCUGCGCUCGCGUCGUCCAAUCGCAGAGAGGAUCCCCGGGACAAGCCCCGCAAGACGAACACAAUGCUUAGCCGGGACUCCCUCAUCGUGUGAGGGGGGCCGAGGACGACCCGGAGGGUCCGGUCCUCAGAGGACCUCUGGUGGGGACUGAGGGGGGAGGAGGAGCGCAGGCCUGGUCCUCAGACGGGGCCCGAGAGGGCUCGACGUCAGACUCCGACCCUGAGAGGAGAACGCGACUCUGGAGGACGAUUUGAACCGAUGAGCUUACAGUUGGAGGAAAAAAAGGAUACUGUACACCGAUACAUACGCACACAAACACACACACAGACACAAGAACACGCAUACAUACAUACAUACACACGCACACACACACACACAUACACAAACACAUACACCACACAAAGAUACA